CAGAAGUUUGGCCCCCGGCUAAAGUUUCAGCUCCCCGCUCUGCCGACGACUGUUCCUUUCCAGCCUACCAUCCCACGUAGAGGUCCCAUUUUCCACAAUGGAGGGACGUAUAGUAUUAGCGAUUUUAAGUGUUUGCAUCCAUUAUUGCAUUUCGGAGGUGCACCUUAGUAGUAAUGUCAUUUUGGAGCCGUAUGAUUUGCUGUUUGAUACGGCGGUGGAAGCCUACCACAAAGGGGACUGGAUGACGGUCAUCCUUAACAUGGAGAGAGCGCUUCGGAACAAGGCGGCGAUCCGCAGGGUGAAGGCGCAUUGCCGGAUUACUUGUGCCAACCAGAGCUCUUUCGGGGAACCUUUGUCCAGCAUGGUUAUGCCAAUACCAGGCGCUGGCUCCGUGGAGGAUCUUGGAUUUUUUCAGAAAAUUAUGAAAAGGGCUGAUUGUGUAAAUACCUGCGAAAGUGAGAAAAUAGGUCCAUCAACUUUCCAUAAAGUCACUGAAGAUGUGGACCUUGAAUUUAAGAAGAGAACCCCUUACAACUACCUGCAAGUCGCAUACUUCAAGAUCAACAAGUUGGAUAAGGCAGUGGCAGCGGCCAACACGUUUUACCUGGCCAACCCAGACCACGUAGAGAUGAAGCAGAAUCUAGAAUACUACAGAAUGAUGUCUGGAGUCCAGGAGGAGGAUUUCAAAGACCUGGAAACACGGCCACACAUGGCAGAAUUCCUUGCGGGGAAGCGAUAUUACAGCUCUGACUCUUUUGGCUUGGCCAUUGACCACUUUGAGGCCGCAGUGGAUGAGUACUUCAGCGCCGACCAGGAGUGCCGGGCUCUCUGUGAAGGAGCUUAUGAUUAUGAAGGUUAUAACUACAUGGAGUACAGCGCCGACCUGUUCCAGUCCAUGACCGACCACUACAUGCAGGUUCUGAACUGUAAGCAGAGCUGUUCUGUGGAGCUAGCUGUCACUGCAGGGAAGGACAAGCCAUUGGAGGAUUUCCUACCUUCCCAUUUCAACUACCUACAGUUCUCUUACUACAACAGUGAGAAGUAUGAGAAGGCAAUAGAGUGUGCCAAGACCUAUCUGCUGUUCCAUCCAGAGGAAGAGGUGAUGAAUCAGAACCUGGCUUACUACUCCGCUGUGCUGGGGGAAGACAAGGCUUCUGCCAUAUCUGCUAGACAGGUGGUCAAAACGCACAUUCAACAGUCUCUGUUGGAGAAGGAGCUGCUGUACUUUGCUUAUGAAGUGUUUGGAAUUACCUUUGUUGAUCCAGAUUCCUGGACCCCUGCAGAUAUCAUGCCACUCAAACUGAGAGAAAAGCAGAAGGCCGACAGAGAGACUGCUGCGAGGAUCACUGAGGAGAUUGGGAAUCUGAUGAAGGAGAUUGAAACUUUGGUCGAGGAGAAGAACAAGGAAUCAACAGAAAUUGCCAAGAUAGUAAGAGAAGGCGGUCCUCUGCUGUUUGAUGACAUCAAGAUUACAUUGACAUCCAAGCAGCUGAAUGGGUCUCAGAGGGUUCUACUUGAUGGGUUUAUGUCAGAGGAUGAGUGCAGGGAACUCACCCGCCUCUCUAAUGCGGCUGCUCUCAAAGGGGAUGGUUACAGAGGCCGCCCAUCACCCCACUCGCCCAGUGAAAGCUUCCAAGGAGUUACCAUCCUCAAGGCUAUUAAGUUGGGGCAGGAGGGCACGGUGCCUCUGAAGAGUGCCCGUCUGUUUUUUGACAUAAGUGAGAAGGUGCGUCGGGUCAUUGAGUCAUACUUUCGUCUAGAAACUCCUCUCUACUUCUCCUACUCCCACCUGGUCUGCCGCUCUGCCAUUGAUGAGAAGCAGGAUGACCGUGAUGACCUGAGUCACCCAGUACAUGUAGACAACUGCCUGCUGGUCUCUGAGCACAACGAGUGUAUCAAAGAACCACCUGCGUACACACACAGAGACUACAGUGCGAUCCUCUACCUGAAUGAUGACUUUGAAGGAGGAGAUUUCAUUUUCUCUGAACUGGAUGGCAAAACUGUUACAGCAGUGGCGCGUCCUCAGUGUGGUCGUGUGGUUGGGUUUGGAGCUGGGAAGGAGAACCCUCACGGGGUGACGGCGGUCACUAAGGGCCAGAGAUGUGCUGUGGCUCUGUGGUUUACACUGGACCCCAAACACGAGGAGAAGGAGAGGAUCCAAGCCCAAGAGAUGCUGAAGAUGUUUUCCACUCCUACAGACGCAGAGUUCACUGAUACAGAGUCACAGCUUUUUGGUCAAGCAGCACACCCAGUACUGGAGGCGGCCGACAAACCAGACGAGAAGAAGCCUGAGCAACUACCAGAAAUCGGAAGUGACAAACCAGCAGAUAAAGUAGAGGAUAAAAAGCAGACUGAGCAGCAAGCAGAAAAAAAUGUUUCCAAAGAGGGUGAAAAGUCUAAGGUGAAAGAGGCAGUCAAAAUGAAAGGCAAAAUGACAACUAAAACUGUGGCUAAAGCAGGAAACAAAGCCAAAGCAAAACCUGCAGCAAAAACAAACGUUAAACCGGCAUCUACUAAAUCUAAACCCAAAGUGGAAGACAAAAAAGAGCAGAAGCCAGUGACAAAGAAGACAGAGAAAGCCCCUGUCAAAAAGGUUCUCAAUGACUCUAAAACUGGCCCCAAAUCAGCCUUGGACUCAACAACAGACAAGGAUGAGCUUUGAUACUGACUGCCGCCGUGAAUCUAACUCUGUGGUUUUUCUAUUUUUUGAAAAUAUUUGUCAAGUUUUUUUCUGUGGGUGUGCUAGAUAAAAAAUGUGAUUGUUGUUUUCUCUCCCCAAAAAUGGUGGUUAGGAACCAGGAUAAGGGUUGUAAUCAAAGACAUACUGUAAUACCAACCAAUACCAACUGAUCACUGUUUUUCAACAUUUGUUGAGUAAAUAGUAACCAAGGUUGUGGUUAAAUAGAAACUGCAUUUUUAAUAUGCUGUCGGUUUUGUUUAUGAUUUGGGAUUCUCUAUGUGCUAUUUUCAGUAAUUGGAUGAUAAAUAAAAGGGCUAUCUGUU